CUCGCUGGCUCGCUGCUGCAGCAACCGUCUGCCACCACCAGAAAACUCAUGGAUCCGUUCACCCUAACGAUCGCGGUCGAGCACAACUUUGAUGUCUUUUACUCCAUUUUGCAGUUCCUGCUGCCCCACCGGCCCGAGCGCUCACGCGAGCUCUGGCGCAACGGCGGGCAGCCGGCGGAGAUCGACACCGCCGCCUGCCUCGAGGCGCUCCGCUGCUGCAACAAGCGCUGGAGGGCCUUUUUCGCGGAGGUGCUGCCCGACGGCCACUUUUUGUGGAGGCAGCUUCUGAAGCAGCUGCACAUCGGGCGGCACGGGCCGGCGCUGGUGCGCUUCGCGGACCUGGUCAACGCGCACACGGAGAACAUAAACUACAAGGAGCGCUUCUGGCUCGCCCUCAAGAAGCCGUACGAGUAUGUCACGAAACCGCUGGUGCUCUCCAUGUUCCGGCUGCUCGCCCGGCGGGCGGAGGAGGCGCUUCGCGACGGCGUCCCCUUCUCGAAGAAGUUCGACAAUGAGGCGCGCGGGUGCUCCCACGCCCUCGUCUGGACUCUGCAGAGCAGCGCCGGCCCACGCGGCCAAGAGACGCGUGCGGAGCUGCUGAUCGAGUUCGAGGAGCCGGGACAUCGCAAGCCGGGGGGUCACAAAGCAGCGCGACCACACCCGUGCCGCCCGCGCCACACGCGCCGCCCGCGCCGCCGCCCGCAGCCGAUGAGGGCGGCGAGGCCGAGCGCGAGGAGGAGGAGCAGGAGCAGGAGGAGCAGGAGGACGAGGACGAGGACGAGGACGACGACUGGUCCGCGGCGGACGACUGACGCGUUGGGCGGGGGGAGGGCGCGGGGGGGGUUCCCUCGCCCCCUCCUUUGAGCGAUCGCUCAGUCAUCGCAGCAAGUCUGCAACCGCCAUCGGUCGGACGCACCGGUCGGACGCACCGCCAUCGCCCUGCGCAGCACGGCGGCGUCUGCCCUCUCUGUGGCCUUCUCCGGGAUCCGCGCGCGACCCUCUCUCUAUACUACUCCUCGAGGCUCGCUCUCUCCGGCCCCGAACUGGUCGGUCCCUCCGUACAGUCUAAUAGCGAGAGGCGUCCGCUCUCUCUUUUUUAGUGGGGCCGAGAUACCAGAUACGUGCCGUAACACACUGUGUGGAACGCGCUAGCAGGAUGUCGCCCCAAAAUGUCCGCCUC